CGGUCCUGUCCGGUCCAUAGAAGGCCUGCCUUUUUCCCCAAGCCAACACAUACUGAAAUCAGUUCCUUUCUCUCACAUUGCUUCAAAACUCAACAUUCAAGAUCUCACACUGCAAUUCCUUCUUCUACCAUAAUCGGUCACACUCAUAACCUGCAAUCAUGAAGCUCGAUACAACUGGUCUCCAAUCAUUUCCUUCACUGAUUUCACACGGCAACAGCGUCGCCGGAGAAAUCUCCGCACCUCCAUCCUUCGAGCUUCCCAAUUCCAACGACUUCGAUGGUUUCCUUAAAGAAGCUAUUCAGAUGGUGAAGCCUGCGAAGGGUACUACGACUCUUGCUUUCAUAUUCAAGGAAGGUGUCAUGGUAGCUGCUGAUUCUCGUGCCAGUAUGGGAGGAUAUAUAUCAUCACAGUCCGUGAAGAAAAUUAUUGAAAUCAAUCCAUACAUGCUUGGGACAAUGGCGGGAGGUGCCGCUGAUUGCCAAUUUUGGCAUAGGAAUCUUGGCAUCAAGUGUCGCUUGCAUGAGUUGGCAAAUAAAAGAAGAAUUUCAGUAACAGGAGCCUCUAAGUUGCUUGCAAAUAUUUUAUACUCUUAUCGUGGAAUGGGAUUAUCUGUCGGUACCAUGAUUGCUGGAUGGGAUGAAACGGGUCCUGGUCUAUAUUAUGUUGAUAGUGAAGGUGGAAGACUUAAAGGCACUAGAUUCUCAGUUGGAUCUGGUUCGCCAUAUGCUUAUGGUGUAUUGGACAGCGGGUACAAAUAUGACAUGUCAGUUGAGGAAGCUUCUGAACUGGCUCGAAGAGCAAUUUAUCAUGCAACAUUUCGUGAUGGAGCUAGUGGUGGAGUUGCUAGCGUUUACUACGUGGGACCAACUGGAUGGAAAAAAUUGUCUGGUGAUGAUGUUGGUGAACUUCACUACCAUUACAACCCGGUUACCCCUAGCACUGUGGAGCAAGAAAUGGUCGAGGCAGCUGGACCUUGAUGCAGUAACUCAUGGAUAUCUUUUGAGUUUCCCAUACUUGUCUGCUUACUUUGAAUCAAUUGCAUGGACCUGAUUUAUAUUCAAAACUGUCACCAGUUUUAUGUAUACACAAGUGCUGCUCUAUGCUCUGCUGUUGUGUCAAGUUUUCAGAUUAUAUCAAAAUUUACCGUAGGAAUGGACAGAGCCAUGUGUAAUGUGGAAUAGUUGAGAAAAGCACGUCAAACUAAUAUUGCCUGAA